CAUGCGCGUCCCUGGUUCUUCCUUUCCGAUACUCGAGCGAAAAGAGACAAGAUGGGCCACCAGCAGCUCUACUGGAGUCACCCCAGAAAGUUCGGCCAGGGAUCCCGCUCCUGCCGAGUGUGCUCGAACAGACACGGUUUGAUCCGUAAAUACGGGCUCAACAUGUGCCGCCAGUGCUUCAGGCAGUACGCUAAAGACAUCGGCUUCGUCAAGCUGGACUAGAUGUCUGCUGACAGCUCCACAACUGGGUCGAGUCGUCUUCAGAGGCUGGCCAAGAUGGGAUAAUUCAGCAUUGCAAAUAAAUGUUCUUUUUUGUCCAACUAAA